GGCACCAUCUCAGCGGCGCCCGGGACGUCCCAGCACGCUCCUCUCGGCUGCGCCGUACCGUGCCGUGCCGUGCCGUGCCGUGCCGUGCCGUGCCGUGCCGUGCCGUGCCGUGCCGUGCCGUGUUGCGGCAGACGUGACGCGUUCUCAGCCUGCGGAGCCGAGGCACAUGGGGUUCCAGACGACCGAGAACGCUGCCGAGCCACCGCCCGGCCUGUGGCAGCAGCUCCAGACGAUGGCCCGUUCUCGUGGCGGCAUGUUCCUGCUUGGCUGGACUGGCGGCGUCCUCCUGGUCAUGGUCCUCUACGCGGCUCUGCACCCCUCCAAGGCGCAGUUCUCGUUUCCGCCACGCACGAUCAUCAAGGGCAACAGCUUAUAUGAGCGCCUUCUGGCUGCCGGGAAAAAGUCGCCCAUCAUCAUGGCUGGCGUGAAUGACGGCGUGGCGUCGUCGGGACGCGUUGAGUCUCGGGCUGGCGCCGCUAGGAGCGCUGCCAUCGACCUCACUGUUGGCCAGCUGCCCAGCCUCAGUGUGGACGAGAUUACGGUGAAAACCGGAGAAGUCUCGGUUCAGGGUGUGGACGUGCACUACGCGGUGGCACUGCCCGAGGCGCCGCCGGCGGACGGCUUGACAUUCCUGCUGCUGCACGGCUCCCGCUUCUCGUCGGCCACGUGGCAGGAGAUGAAGACGCUGCGCACGCUGGCUGCGCUCGGCUACACGGCCGUGGCCAUCGACCUGCCUGGCGCCGGCUUCUCCAAAUCGCGGUCGCGCGGCAGCCUGCCGGCCGACGCCAGCCGCGCCGGCUUCCUGGCGGCCGUGCGCAGCGCGCUGGGCCUGAGCGGGCGCACAGUGCUCGUGUCGCCCUCGCUGUCGGGCGAGUUCUCGCUGCCGCUGCUGGCCGAGCAGCCCGGCUGGCUGGCCGGCUUCGUGCCCGUGGCGCCGGUCGGCACCGAGAAGCUUUCAGCUGAGCAGCUGCGCGCCAUCCGGGUGCCGACCGCCAUCGUGUACGGCUCAGAAGACCGCGGCCUGGGCGCCGCGUCGCAGCGCGCGCUCUCGGCCAUCCCGACGUCGACGGUGGCGGUGAUCCCCGGCGGCGGGCACCCGGCGUACCUGCACGACCCGGCGCUCUGGCACCGCGUGCUGCACAACUUCGCCCAGAGCCUGGCGCAGCUGGCCGCCCAGGCGUGAGGGCGCUCGGCCGCGCUGGUCACGCGGCCGGCGGUCGCGGCGUGCGCUGUGGCGAUUGGUGGAGCUCUCGGCGUGGUCGGCAUCGCGCCUGGCGCCCGGCGCCCGGGGGUGAUGCGUAACCUGGUUUUCCCGGCGCCUGGCCCGGUCGCAGUGUUUUAUGAGGGGUAGUGAUUUUGAUGACCGGCGUGCCUCGGCGAUGGCUCUAUUUUAGUGAUGCUUGUGUGGGGCGCGUGGCUUUGUUACGAGUGUGUUUGCGUGUGACUGACCUGAUAGGUGGCCUUACGGUUCCCUAAGUCACCCUGCUCACGUGUCUUUGGUUUUUAGAUGCGUUUUGCAGUGAGGCUGAGUGAAUGAUCAUCAUUUCAUGUUCUCUCGCUUUGAGGGAUAAGUUCAUUCUGUUGGAUGCGCCUGAUUUUGUUGAUGGUUUGUAUCCUUUGUAAUUUGCAUGACUUGGUAUAGACGAUUAAUUUAUGAUACAAUCUUAGCUAUAAAGUGGGAAUUGUGACAUUCGCCUGAUGCUGCAUGGUUUGCACAUCACUCAUUCCAGCUGGUUUAAGUGACGUCCUCAUAGCGUGUCCCACAUGGUAUACGUCUUCAGUACUAGUGUUUGUUCUGCGCUUUCUGUGAACGCGAAGAUAACGUGAUGCGAAGAAGUCCCGCACGCAGUCUGUUAUUACAUGAGCAUAGGGUGGUGAAUGUAGUGUUGAUCCGUAGUCGUUCAUAAAUACGCAUCCAAUUGGU